CCCUUCCCAUUGGCCCCUGAGCGCAGAGUCGCUGUGAACCAGAGGAGCAGCUUCAGUCUGGGAUGUUGGGGCCGUUUGACAGCUUCCCUGACUGGACGCGGACUUCUUCAGGCUUCCACUGAGUCAAACUUAAAGUGAUGAGGCUCCACGCGCGUCGCAGGUAAACAGAAAGGUGUGCUCUGUGGAACCCGGGGUGUGACGUGGAUAAUUAGCCAGUUAAUUUAGAUCACCCGGUUCGACCUGCUGGGAGGAAGGCAGAGCUUUUUAAAGCGGCUGUGAUUUUAACUUUCCCAAAACACGUCCGGUCAGACAUGUACAGCCUGAUGGAGCCCAGCGGGCAGCCGCAGAGCCACCAGGCCGCCGGGAUGUCACCCAUCACCGGGACCAACGGCGGCGCGCUGCCCAAAGCGGCGUGCGCGCCCGGAGGCGACCCCAUGGAUAAGGUCAAGCGGCCCAUGAACGCCUUCAUGGUGUGGUCCAGGGGCCAGAGGCGGAAAAUGGCGCAAGAAAACCCCAAAAUGCACAACUCCGAGAUCAGCAAGCGGCUGGGGGCGGAGUGGAAACUUCUGACGGACGCGGAGAAGCGGCCCUUCAUCGAUGAAGCCAAGCGGCUGCGGGCCGUCCACAUGAAGGAGUACCCGGACUACAAGUACAAGCCGCGCCGCAAAACCAAGCCGCUGCUGAAGAAGGACGCGCAGGUGGGGAAGUACCCGCUGUCAGCCGGCAACCUGCUGAGCGCGGCGGCGCAGAGCCAGGGCGGCAGUCCGAGGAUGGAGGGCUACGGCUGGGCUCCGGCCGGAGGCUACGCCGGCAUGCAGAGCGAGGCGCUCAGCUACACGCAGCAGCUGCACCGGUACGACCUGUCCGCGCUGCAGUACCCGCCCGCGAUGACGGCGGCGCAGAGCUACAUGAGCGGAGCCAACUCCUACAGCCCCAUGUCGUACAGCAGCAGCCCGCAGCAGCUGAGCCCCGUCAACAUGCCCAUGGUGAAGGCGGAACCGGUGUCCCAUUCGCCCUCCACGGCGACGCCGAACCACCACCGAGGGCCUCUGCAGGGGGACCUCAGGGACAUGAUUAGCAUGUACAUACCAGGACCCGGAGGGGAUUCCUCGGAUCCCGCCAGUGCACAGAGGGGCUACGCCAGCGUCCAGCAGCACUACCUCAGUGGAACCGUCCCGCUGACGCACAUCUAGGACUGGAGCGGGAAACCCUGGGGUGGGAUUGGGAGGAAACGAAAAGAACCGGUGCACUGGGGGGGCGGGGGGGCUCAGACAGGGAGACUGAGGUGAGGAGCGAGCAGGAAAAAGGUAGCUGGUGCAAAUUUAAGCAGAGUCGCCAUCUUUGUUUGGGUUAUUUUAGAAAACCUUUGACUAUCUGGCGUCCCCUCGGCUCCCCGCUUCAGAGCCACAACCCGACGUUUCCUGGCCUCCGUGGCCCUAAAAGGCUCUUUGUUUCAGGAAGUCAUGUAGUCUGACCACCCAAUUACUGAAUGUGAGGCGACUGCGGAUCAACGGCAGAUAGAAGAAAACUUCUCACACUUUUUUAAUUUGGAAUCAACCUUUUUAGACCUUUUUAUAUCAUAGAAAUCCUGUUUCUGAAGCACAAACCACCUGUUGGACAAUCGGCUCCACAUCUACGGGACAAAUGGACUCAUGGUUUCCAUCAGAGUUCCACUCUAAACGUAACUGGAACACAGUGGGAGCUUCUUCAUUAAAACACUGGAUUCCAAUUUUAAUUUCGACGAGACGUUUAAGAUUUUAUUUUUGUUGCCUUUAGUUUCUUUUCAAUCGCUUUUUUAGGGUUUUUUUGUUUUGUUUUUAGAUUGACUCUUUCUUUGUAAAUAUCCAACUGCAUUGUCCCACCAGCUACGAACUGCUUUGUUUGUUUGUUUGGACGCACCCCUUCUUAAAACGUCGGACGUCGGCCAUCUUUGUUCUGAACUCCAAAGUGGAGGUUUUCCGUUGGUUUCCCUGCAGCUCGCAGACGGAAUGUUGAUUGCGAUUAAAACAUUUCCGCUGGGAACCGAAACCAAAAGUGUUUGAAAAGGGCUUCCAUGAAACUAAUAUGUGAAUGUUUACAUUGCUACCCGAUGCUAUAAAGAGGUAACCUUUCUACUGAAUGCGCUGUAGAGUAAAUGUUUAUGCGAACGCUUCACAGCGUAGUCACUGGAAAUGCUGUUGAUGUAAAUAUGUCCAUAUUUUUAGCCUCUAAUGCAGUCUUUAUUGAUUUUUUUGAUUAAAACUUCUUUGUGGCACAUU